AUGUGGAGCGAUAACCAACAAUCCUAUCGAUCUUUGGGCUCAGAUUUCCUCGGCUCUUGCUUUGCUACCGUCAUCAUCCUCCCCUACUUCGCCUCAGGCAUACACUACAUCAUGACCGAGUCUCGUGCGCACAUUUCGAUUGGCGAGACGCCGGUAAGGCCGUUGUCGUCGUCGCCGCUUUCGCCGCCACGCAAGUCGCCCAUGCCGCCGUGCUCGUCGUCCACAUCGGCACCUCCCGCGGAGAUCGAAUCGAGACUCACGCGGUUGUCGACGCAACCCGGUGUGUUGGGCUGUCUGGUGCUCAGCCGCCGUGAUGGACUGGUGAUUAGGAGCGGUGGUGCCAUGUUUGACCCCAGCGGACCCGGCGCGAAUCAGAGGGCCGAGAUGCUCAAGAGCGUCACGAAGCUCGUCCGGUCCAGUGUGGAUGAUCUUGCGCGCGACAUCAAGGCCAUCGAUCAGAGUAAGUACGAGAUCAUGGUCACGCCCAAUGACAAGUACCUGCUUGUAGUGCUCCAGGUAUGUCUGCACAAACCAGCCAAGAUGGAACGCAGAUACUGA